AAGUUGAAUGAGAAGUGGGAUGUUCCAUAAAUCCAGAUAUAAAAUCCACUUUGUAAGUAAAAAUGUUUCGAGAAACAGAUGGUUAAAAGACUUGUCCCAGAAAUACACAGAAACUCGUAUUAUUUAGCUCCCCUCUCCCAAAAAAAAACCAUCUUGGAAAAUGGGUGAAGUUCUGUAAAGAUCUGACAUUUUCAGUAACCACAAGAGGGCAGAAUCAGAAUACAUUUUUUAAAGUAUAGCAGUAAGAAACUGAUGUUUCCUUCAGAGGUGUUAUAACCUGGUUAGAAUACAGUUGAUGGAAUGCUUGCCACCUUUUUGAUAUUUGGACCUUUGGUAUGAAAAGUGCUAGGAGCUUUUUUCACAACCACUUGUGUGUUUUAGUAGGCGUGAAUAUGUUGACCGAGAAUGCUAGUGCAGAAAAUGUACCCAAACGUUCAUCCUUCCCUAUUGCCAUGUCAGGGUCUUGUUUUGCAUCUGGCUUUGUUCCCGCUGGCAGUCUAUCCCUGCAUUCAUAGCUCAAGAAAUCUCAGUUACUUAGCAUGAAAAAAUACCGUCCAAUUUGUUGAAACACCGCUGUCUUCCGCGCUUGAAUUUGUGCAGGCCUCCUGGGAAACCCCUUUCAUGUGACUGGGAAUCCUCGCCUGCCUGGACCUCCAACACAGUAGGGCUCCUGUACCAUGUACUACAUGCUGGCAAUACUCCCUGCCUUCAAACGCGUCUGCAGGUUUGGGGGAGCGAAAGCAGCCGCCUGACGCAACACCAGUGGAAGGGUGUUAACAGUGCUGUUCAACUGAAGCACUUGACACAUGCUAUCCGACCGUUUUUAUCUCCAGGUCCUUUACAGCUCCAACGCCCUUUGCCUUAGGAAUCCUCAUCAUUCGAGUCUAGGUUUUUGUUUUAAACCCCACUUGGUCCGUGGGCCGAGCUGGUCCGCGGGAAAGCGGCGACCCCAGACGCCAGCAGGAAGCGGCCGCCCCACCCCAACGUGCCGCCAGCCCCGCCCGGCCCGCCUUCCGUUUCCGGUAGCGCGGCGCGGAGAUGGCGUCAUCGGCGAGUGCCCGGUCGGCCGCCGGCGUGAAGACGCGCGAUGUUGAGCCGGCUUCAGGAGCUGCGCAAGGAGGAGGAGACGCUGCUCCGCUUGAAAGCGGCCCUGCACGACCAGCUGAACCGGCUCAAGCUCUAGUCUCGCAAAGCCGACCGGCUGGCGGAUGCGCCCACUCUGCGAAGGGAGACGGUAAGGCCCUGCGAGAAGAGACCGGCCACAAAGUAGUUCCCGGUAGCUCUUCUCCCCGGAGCUGUUACUGACUCCACGGCCUUGACGAGGAGUCGAGAUUGAAACCCAUCAGCGCCAGUUCCCAGACCUCUGCGGAAGUCACCCCCUUCAGCCUCAGUGAGACGCUCCUGCUAAUUCCUGCUCGGCACUUCCAGGCUCUCUAAUUCCAAGUUGAAGAACUGGCCCUCCAGUCAAUGAUUAGUUCUAGAAGAGAAGAUGAGAUGCCGUCUUCUCAACCUGCGCCUGAACAGUCACAUGAUAUGUUGGUGCAUGUAGACAAUGAAGCAUCAAUCAACCAGACUGCACUGGAGUUGAGCACAAGGAGCCAUGUGCCAGAAGAAGAGGAGGAGGAGGAGGAGGAGGAAGAAGAAUCCGAUUCCUGAAGGGGAGAAGAGCCAGGGUGAAAUGCACAUCUGAACAGAGACAGGCAUGGGAAGGAGGCCCAGAAGCAACAUGGCAUGCCACUGCGCAGGGGACUCGGCUGCUUCCCCAAUGCUUAGAUGCCAGCCGCGUGGGUGGGUGUGCUGGGCUGGUUAAGGCCGAUGGUGGAGCAGAGCCAACCUGCAAAAUCCACUUCCUCAGCAUCAGAUCUCUUGAUAAAAGCAUGAACCUGUGUGUGAGGAGAUGGACAGAAAGUGUAUUUAAAAACCAAGGAGGGAAAUUCAAGAGUCCUGGGUCUGGAGGUUGUGCUGCAUUUGGAAGGUGCUCUGGGAGCCUGCCCUUGGCCGGUUGCAGGCCUAAAGCCCCGGCUCUGCUGGUCUUACCCUUCACCAAGCCCGCUCUCUCUGAAAUGGAGACAGCAGCUCUGCCUGCAGUGCCUCGCAGACUUGUUAAAGGAACAAAGGAACUGAUGAACUUGAAAGCGCAUGCUACGCUGACCAGGCUCUACAUGGCAUGUGAGUUCAGACAUUUACAGUAUCCCACUCCUCCUACCACCACCACCACGUAGGAGACAAGUAAAGUUACUUGGUGAGGGGACUGAAUCUAAGAUAAGCCAGUCAGUACUACAAAGAGGCCCUGUCCCCUUGCAGGGGCGGGCUGGCCCUUUCUUUCCCUGGACUUCCUCUGGCUGCAGGGUCAUCCUGGCUUUUCCAUUAAACUGAUAGGAGGACUGGGGAGAUAUGUUGGGUAUCCUGCAGGCCCCUGAUCAGCUGGACUACAGUGGUCAAGGCAGAGCAGGGUAUGGGCUCGGGAAGUACUGGAUAGAUGACUGACAGAGGAGAACAAAUGAGUAAGCAGGUGGCAGUGUUAAGAAUCUGAAAUAAAUGACUUACCAUGAGUUGCUUCAAAUCUGCUCUCUCUGCAGGGUUUUUUAUUAAGCUUAAAGGAAGAAAGACAGUGUGAGAGCUCUUGCUUGGCACUGGUUCUAACUCAGAUUACUUACGUGUGCAUGCAUGCCCGUCCUCCCCACACCCCAUAGGCUCUGAGGAAGAGUGCCUAAGCCUUACCCACCUUCCUGUUCUUAGCAGUGUCACGCCCACAGCAGGUUAAUAAACGCUUGUUGAAUUAAACUAAGGCCAAAAGGCAAUAUGCCAGUCCCUUUACAGUAAGUGCUGAGCACAGCAGCUGUUUUGCCCACUGCUACAGUCAGAUAGGUCACCUAAGUCCUAGCACUCUGGAAGAAGGGCAGCAGCUAAAGGGUAAAAGGCAAAGCUGUGCUCUCCAAGAUGGAUGGGGAGCCUGACAAAACCAAAGUACUUUCAGAGAACAGGAGGUGACUUACCAUUUAUUCACAAAAUCUUGAAAUUCCAGACUGAAUACUCCACUGGGCAACUUUGGAGGAGGCUGCAAGUACAUGUGAAGACAUAGGAAAUGCCCGGUGUCCUGCUCCACCCACCUCUCCCUUCCCCACUCCCACCUCUGGGCAGUGCUGCCCUUAUCCAGUCAAGGAAAGACAGGGGUGAGAGGCCAAUGGCUGCUACCGGGUUACCGUGUUGGAACCAUCAAUCUCAAACCAGUCAGAACUGAGGCCAAGUCAGUGUUCUGAGCACUCACUUGUCUAGUGACUGAAUAAAUCACUGUUCCUCUCUGA